GCUGGUUCCAAAAUCUCGGACCCGGUUAUAACUGGGUUUGAUUCCGGGUUCAUUAAAAUUGACCGGGUAUUCGAUUUUGCUCACCCCUACCUGUAACCCAUUUUUUCAACCUAAAACUAUUUAUAUUACUCAUUACCCGAACAAGAUCAGAGCUAAAGUAUCUAGAACACGAAAACUCAACCUUAUCUAAACGACUAGAUUGUCACCUUUAAUCGCUAGCUAGUAGCUACCCAUUUCCCUAAAGUUAAAUUGUUGAUGUAACUUCCAGGAAAUAUGUACGAAGCAGUAAAUUGCAUAGGCAAGUUGGGACAGAAGACUUUAAAGGUUGACUCUCCCAACAAAGUUAAUAAUUUAAGCUCAUGUCUUCUACUAAAGUAGUAAUAGAGUCCACUUUUUUUUUUUUCUUUUUUUUUCUUUUUUUAACUCAAAACUCAAAUAUUCUGCUUCUGUUCUUUCUCUCUCUUCCUCAUCAACCCUUGGGAAGAUACUGAUCGUUUCCAAUGAUUGAAUAUCUUAAUGCAGUAUACACAGCGCUGCUGCUGUUAAUUACAGUAGUCUGUUUGCUAAGAGCAGAACGCUUGGACUUGAAAAAGAUCUCAGAUGGGAUUGGUUCGUUUAAGGAUGCAUUGGACUUCAUUGGCAGUUUACCAUGGUGGAUCCACUUCUACAACAAUCUCAACGCCAACGUGCAAACACUCCAUGAAAGAAGGGACUCGUUACAUGUAAGACUAGAUGAUAUGAUAAAGCAGGUUGAAGAUAAAGAGUUUCAGACAGGAAGGCGGAGAAAAAGAGAAGUUGAUAAUUGGAUAUCUUCUGCUGGAACCAAAUGCAAUGAUGUACAAACGUUAUUGCUACAAGAUAUGUUGAGAGAAACUAAUUAUUUCUGGAAGUUCCUAUAUCGAGCUUGGUUAGGUAAUCUUGUUGAGAGACUGAUUCGAGAGGUGGAUGAUAUUUACAGUUUAGGAGUAUUUGAAGAGGUACUAUCUCCUGUUAGAGAACGAGUGGAAUUCGUGGAAACACUGCUGGUGGGCAAGGCUGCAAAUGAGAAUAGAAGGAGAAUUGUUACGUGGUUACGAAAUGGAGUUACUAAAAUUGGGGUGCAUGGAAUCAAAGGAAUAGGAAAAACUGCUGUAAUGAAAAACAUUCAUAAUCAGCUGUUAGGAUGUUAUGAACAUGUUUACUUCAUUACAGUACCUGAAGAUCAAAAUGAAUAUAAUCUGCAGGCUGCUAUAGCGAAAGAUUUAGGAAUUGACUUGAAGGAAGAGGACUUGCCAAAAAGGGCAGCUUUUUUGCAUCGAGCAUUGCGACAAAGGAACUUUGUGCUGAUAUUAGAUGGCUUGAAGAAAUAUCUCUCGGAAGAUAAGGUAGGGAUUCCGCUUGGUGCAGGAACAGGAAAAAUGAUCAUCACUUCACGAUCUCCUGAUGUGUGUCGAAAAAUUGGGUGCCAGAACAAUAUAAUAACAAUCGAUCCACUUCCGUAUGAUGAAGCCUUGGAUCUAUUUAAUCAGGUGCAACAAGCAUUCGAGCUUAAGCCUCCAAUAGAAAAAGUAGCCCAAAAAAUUGUUGAGCAAUGUAGGGGUGUGCCUCUCAAAAUUGUCGAACAGGCAACAAAUCUAAGAGGAGAAGAUGACAUUGAUGCCUGGGAGAAUUGUCUAAAUGAGAUGUUAAAAGCAUAUGAAUGACGACACGUUACUUGUGUGUAAAGUUGAAAAGAAAGUUCAUGCUUAUGUUGAUAGUAAUAACACUAUACUCUGAUUCUUUGAAGUAGGUGUUAUAAACGUUCAUUUCAAUUUAAGAGCAGUUGUGACCGAAAUUUUAUGAAAUAUUGAGGCGAGGUUGCAGUUAUUUUAAGCA